AUGACAGCGAUUAAAGGUCACAGACGACGUCGUGCACACCAAAGUGCCGAAUAUCAGACGAGCUGGAUAAACAAUUCGUCUAAACAACAACCGACGGACGAGAGCGGUUUGCGAUUGGAUACUCAGGAUUUCGACCAACCGCACAAGGUGCCUCGACUAGACAUACUCAUUUGCAACGCCGGCGUUUUACGGGUUCCAGUCUUUACGAAGACUGUCGACGGCUUUGAGAAAACCUGGCAGUGCAACUACCUAGGCCAUUUUCUUCUUGUUGAGCUACUGUUACCUUUGUUGUCCAAAUCACAAGAUGGUCGAAUUAUCAACGUUUCAUCAGUUUUGUACGAAUACGCAGAUAGUGUGAGGUUUGAUGUGGUGAACGAUUCGAAGCGUUAUGGUGGAAUGAUAGCAUAUAGUAGGAGUAAAAUGGCACAGGUAAUGUAUACACGACAUCUUGCCAAACUGCUAGAAGAUCGGAAUCUUCCCGUCACGGCAGCGGUUUGCCAUCCUGGCAAUGUCGAUACAAAUAUUCUCAGAGAAUCCGGAUAUUCUUGGCUUAGUGUGGUGUUUAGGCCUAUCGUGUGGUUCAUACUGAAAACUGAGAACGACGGUGCUCAAAUGCCGUUGUAUCUGGCGCUUAGUGAGAAAUCGCAAAAGAGUAAUGGACAAUAUUUUAGAGAUUUCGCUGUUCACGAAGUGGUUGAGAAAUGCAAGCAAAGUGUUGCAUGCGAAACACUGUAUGAGGAGUCACGACAAGCAGUUGGCUUAAGUACAUUGUCGAGGAAAUAUCAUCAGCAGUGA